AUCAAACCAGUAAUUUAUGCGUCGACAAGCUGAUUUCACCUUUCUUAGUGUCUGUAAUCACGCAGGAAGUUGUUUUUCAGGUUUUAAAUGGUAUUUUAGACGUUGCGAAUCCUUGGAUCAUUUCUAAAGCCUAAGUCCUGAUGGUGUUACAUGUAUUAUUUCUAGAAAACGGAUUUUUUUUCAAAAAUAUAACACCUGCUGCUUGAAAGGAGAAUAAAUUUAUGCCUGUAUUUAAGCCAUCUCGAUCAGAUGCAAAGUUUAAACCCAUUUCUAUUACCUCUUCGUUUUUGAAAAUAAUGGAGAAAUUACUAUUGUGUAUGCUUGAACUUUCAGAAAGGGUUCAAGAGAUCGGAAACAACUUGCUUGGAAACACAGGAGACGUAGAUUUUGAAGAUCAGACCGCAUCAGUAAGCAUGAUCAACAACUGGGUUAAGAAGAAAUCUGGAGGGUUAAUCGAUCAGUAUUUCAAAACUCAACAUGAAUUACCCAGUGAUAUAAUUAUGGCAGUGAUCAAUGUGGUAACGUUCAAAGAUGUUUGGAAAAAGAAGUUCGAUGGGGCUUAUGUUUUCACUGAUGAUUUCUGGGUGAAUAAUUUAACAGUAGUUAAAACUGAUUAUAUGCGAAUAACUGAAACUGUUGGUUAUGCCGCUUUCUGGAAGUUUGGCUUUCGUAUGAUAAGUAAAGAUUUUAAGAAUUCCCGUUUCAAAUUCGUUAUUGCCUUACCUAUAAAAAAAUUUAAUCUAAACAGAGCACUGAAUCUAUUAAAAGGAAUCAGAAGAUUACCAUAUUUUGUUCGCGGACUACAACAAAAGACGGUGUAUAUACAAAUGCCUAAAUUCAAAAUCUCAAACACACUUGAUCUGAUUCAAACAAUGAAAAAGAUGGGAGUAUCUGACAUGUUUGUCGGCUGGAAAGCAAAUUUAUCAGGUAUCGCGAAUGUUAAAAAUUUAAAAGUGGAUUAUCUGCGUCAGUCGACAGUUUUGAAAGUCGAUGAGAAGGGUGUUGAGGCAACUGCGGCUACAUCAUUGUAUUCGCUUGGUCGCAGCUUUUAUAUUAAGCCUGCCAAUAUAACAUUUACUGUUGAUCAACCGUUUGUUUGUUUUAUAUAUGACAACAAAUUGAGAAUGCCAUUAUUCGCUGCUCUGGUCAAAAAACCCGGAGUGGAAGAAUGAUGCAUUCUGGCAACCCAAAGCAAAAAACUAUAAUCGUUUGACUUCAAAACACUCAUGUUUUUAGAUUUUUAACAAAUUAACACUUUUUGUUUCCGUAAAAAUAAAUGAAAAUUAUUCCCAUUUCUUG